CUUUCCCUACAUGGGCGUUCACGCUCUCUGUUGCAGCGGCGCACUGAUGUCCAGUACAGCCUGCCGGUGCCUUUACUACCCGACGACAUAUGUGCUGUGAGCGUCACAGGGUGAUUAGUCUGACUGAAGACGUAUCAAUCUGAGGGGGCCAGGUUCCCACCAGCAGAGGAGUUCCUCCAGAGCGGCUGAUCUACCCACACUCCCGUCAACACAGUCAAGUGCCUGGCCGGUAGAGGAGCGGGAAUCACUUGGGAGUGGAGCAAGAGAAGCUUCUCAUUUCCCCUACCCGCUUUCAGUUGUGUCUGAGAGGUAAGCAAAGAGAAGACCUUCCCGCUGCGUGUGUCAUAAAUGCCACGUCAUCGUCCGAGGGGGAGAGAAUCAGCUGAAACCUUCUGAGGGACACGGAGAGGGAGAGCCACAUGGACACGCUGGAGAACCCGGUCCUGGAGCCCAGGUCCGAACGGAUCGCCCGCUACAAGGCAGAGAGGAGGAGGGAACUGGCGGAACGCUACGGCAACAUGGAGGAGCUCCCCACCAAGUGGGUGAGGAGGGACGGGAGGGAGGCCCAGGAGCCCCAGACCCACCCCGACAGCCCGCCCCUCCUCAGAGACAGAGCCCCCUGCGGGGGGGUGAACGGCCGAGCAGGGGGUGAAGACCCUCAAAGAGUCUCCAACGGUUUUGAGGGAGACACUUCUGCAGAGGCAACACUCCCCAGAAGGCAACAUUCUUCUGGCUCUGCCAGCAUGUUCAUUAGGGGGGACCCUGUAGCCCCCCUAGGCCCCCCUGGACCCGACGCCCCCCAGCUCCACACUCGGGUGUCGGUGGGCCAGUUGAGGAGCGCACUGCUGCAACAGACCGGGAGUGCAACACAGCCUGAGAACGUUUGCUCAGACGGUGGGCUUGCUACCUCCUCCCUCGACCUCGCUGUCAAGCCAGGCACUGAGGGGGGGCGCCGACGCCCCCGUCGCUAUCUGCCAGGGGUGUCAGGAGGGGGCCGCAAGAACAACGAGCGCUUCAGGACACAGCCAAUCACGGCCAGUGAGAUGCAGGAGAGUGGCGGACUGCCAGAGACAGAAGAGGAAGAGAGCUGUAAAGCUGAUGUGAAGACGGAUGACAGAGCCAAAAUGAGUGUGGCAGCCAAGAUGUCUCUGUUUAAAGAGCUGGAGAAGACGGCCGCCCCGGAGGUGUCUUCCUUCCUGAAGCCUCGCUCCGGCAGCGUGUCCCACGAACGCAGGGUGCGUCGCAGCAACGAAAAUCGUUCUCUCACUCAACCAAUCACCUGUGAGGAAAUGGUUGCCAUCAGCAGCCCCAAGGCAGCCUUGUCUGGCCAGGCCCCGCCAGGCCAGACCCAGGCUGCGCAGGCCGAGCCUGUGGAGGACGAUGAGAGCUGUAAACUGAGUAUGAGUGAGAAACUGGCCCUCUUCAACAAGCUGUCUCUACCGGGGAGCCAGGGAGACGCCUCUGCUGACGCCCCCCCAGAGAGACGCAGGCAGAAGGGGGCUCGCUACCGCACACAGCCCAUCACCGUGGAGGAGCUCCAGAAAGCGCCCACCCAGCUGCCCCCUCUGCGCCUGUCCCCCCACCUCUCAGACAGGCAGCAGGCCCUGUCCGUCAACCUGAGGCCCAGCGAGGUGCGUCAGGCCCAGCCACGGCCUGUGGAGGCUUCCAGGGCAGAUAUAGAGCCUGGCUCAGGAGGACCUGGCACCAGCUCCUUGGAACUCUACUCCCCCCAAAAGCCUCUGUCACGCUGGGACUCGGAGACUGGUGAGAUCAAAGGAAUCCUGAAGAAGAGUCGCUCCGGAGGACCAGAGUGGAGCAGGGACCGAGGUUCUGAUAGCAGCCAAGAGUCUCCCUUUGCCCUCGAGCAGAAUGGCGUAGAGGCAGCGGGCAUGGGAGAAGACAGUGGAUCUGGUUAUCGGAGAGAAAAACAUGGGGUGUCCGGGGUCGAUGGAACCCCGCUAUCUGGUGCCCCCUGGAGGCAUAGAGGGAGGAGCAGGAGGGAGCCCAUCCCUGCGGCUCCAGUGAGGGCCUGGCCAGAACCCCAGGAGGAGAGGUCCUGCCAGGCGGCUGAGCAGGACUCCUCAGAUGUUUCCAGGGAGGAGGAAGACGAGGAGAGGAGCAGCCGGAGGAGAAGGGACGCCCCGCCACGACGCCAUGUUGAGGUGUCUCAGGCAGACGGCUGUGGCCAGGAAGCAGGCGGCUGGAGGAGGACGGACGAGAACCAAAUCUCUCACGAUGAGUCCGUCCGACCGAAGAGCUGGGAUCCUGUAUUUUCCUCCGUCUAUUCUAGCAGUACACCUCAGUAUGUCAUGUGUUUCAAUCAGACGACCCAGUCUUUUGAGGCCCAGGAGGUUUCCCCUACCGCCCAGAGCCAGCCUCGUUCUCAGCCUCAAUGGAGGCAGAAGGUCCGACCAGCAGAGGAGGAGCAGGCUCAGCCCCAGCCCCAGCCCCAGGCCCCGGCCCCGGCCCAGCCCCAAGCCCCUUCCCAGCUCCAGCUCCAGCCAUCAGUGGCUGAGCGAAGGCGUUCCCUUCAGGAGAACGAGGACCAGUGGCAGACCAGAGGAAGAGGGGAAGCUGGACGUAUGACAAAACGAGGUCUGGUGUCUCCUGAACCCGACCGAGAUGACCCUCCUCCCUCUCACACUAAGAGACCCUCUACAGGGGCCACAGCAUGCAAAGCAGCAACCCAGGAACCUUCCCUGGAGGUGACAUCUGAGCAAGGGACUGAAGGGACGGAGGCCAUGCCUCUGGAUGACCAGGGGACACUGGGAGGAUUCUACAAACAGCUGUCACCCCUGUCACCCACACCUGCUGCUCUCCCUAGCUCUGGCUCUGAGCUGCCGCAGACCGACCUGAGUGCCCUCUGCCAGACGAACACACCCAUGCUGACUUCGGCGGUGGCGGAGCACAGGCGCUCGGUGCGCCCCUCUCGCAGGACCCAGGGCUCCAGGAACCCUCUGCGAGCCCUGGCCGCCCGGGAGGACCUCAGGCAGGACUUCAUGGGACAGAGAGUGAGCGAAGCGCCUGCGGAGACCAACAGGAUACAAGCAGAGAAGAAGGUCAAGAACAACAGCGUGGUAGACUCAGCUCUAGCAGGUCUGGCCAGCACCGAGGUCACCAAGGUCACCGUUGCCACGGACGCGGUCAACAACAACAGCCCACCAAUCAGCAAUCUUGUGCUCAUUCAGAUAAAAGGCAAGCGACACGUCCAGGUGCGUGUGGUCGAGCCAACAGUCUGGUCUCUGAACAGUGGAGACUGUUUCCUCCUGGUCACAGACAGCCACUGCAUCCUGUGGUGUGGAGAGUUUGCCAACACAUCAGAGAAAGCCAAGGCCUCAGAGCUGGCAGCCUCCAUCGUAGCCCUGGGGGAGCUGAGCUGCCAGGCUCCCCAAGUCACCUGCCUGGAGGAGGGGGUCAACACCGAGAAGAGCCAGGCCUCCGACUUCUGGAACAUUCUGGGAGGAAGGACUCAGUACAGAGGAGCGGGCGCCCCUGAGGAGGACGAGCUGUACGAAAGUGGGGUGGUGGAGUCCAACUGUGCGUACCGGCUGAUGGAGAACAGGCUGGUGCCUCAUGGGCAGGCCUGGGCAGCUGUGCCCAGCGUCUCGCUGCUGGACUCCAGAGAGGCUCUGGUGUUUGACUUUGGCAGCGAGGUAUAUUUGUGGCAGGGCAAGGACGUAUCCCACGGCGACAGGAAGGUAGCUCUGCAAUUGGCCCAGCAGGUGUGGGGCGGAGCCUACGACUACAGAAACUGUAGGGUGAACCCCCUGGACCCCGCCCACUGCAAUGCCAACAUACAGCCGUGUGGUGAAGGGCGUCCCAGCUGGGCCCUGUUUGAUCUGGUGUGUGAGGGCAAUGAGACCGUUCUCUUCAGAGAGAAGUUUCUGGACUGGGAGGAGAAGAACAGGUCCAGAGAGGAGCCUGCGCCCCUGGUCCAGAUGACCCAGUUUCUCUCCACUCAGAGCCCUGUGCCUGAGGUAACCAUGGUGCCCACGAUGCCCCUGCACUCAGAGGGUUUGUGUCCCUGUGAUGCCAAGGCCUUGGUGGCAGGUGAGGGGGUGACAAGGGACACCCUGGCUCACGCUGCCCUGCAGGGGCUGGCUCUCCAGCGGGGACAGGGGAGGGUCACCCUGGAGGAUGGGCGACAAGGGGAGCUGUGCACGGUUGCUGUGGAUACCUGGCACAUCCAGGAGGGUGGCGACUGUGAGGUCGCCAUGGAGAGCCCAGGGCAGCUGUAUGAGGGAGACACAUAUCUGGUCCGCUGGACCUACACCAUCAACAACACAGUGGGACAGAGGGACAGCCCAGGUGAUCCUGACGAGGAAGUCUCCGCCCUUUUCCUCUGGCGAGGCCGGCACUCCAAUGUCAGUGGGUGGGGCAAGUCAGCUCUCACGACCAACCACAAGGGGGCGCAGGUGGAGGUCCGUCAGGGGAAGGAGCCGCCCUGCUUCCUGCAGCUGUUUCGGGGAGGCCUGGUCGUACACGGGGGCCGCCAAGGAGACGCCACCGCCAACACAGUGGCCUGGCGCCUGUUCUGUGUGCGGGGUGAGCUCCCGGAGGAGGCUUGUCUGCUGGAGGUGGUGUGCUGCUGCGCCGGGCUGCGCUCGCGAGGUUCCCUCGUCCUGCUCGACAGCCAGCGGGGGGCGCUGUUCCUCUGGCAUGGCUGCAAGGCCCACUCUGGCUCGAGGGAAGUCGGCAAGAGGGCUGUGGAACGCCUAACGCAGAUGUGUCCUGCUGAGCUGGGGCUUAGCAGUGACAGCCCUCUCAGGGUAAAGGAAGUGGAGGAGGGCUCAGAGCCGGUGGAAUUCUGGAACGCUAUUGGACAGCAGGACAGGAAGGCCUACGACUGCAUGCUUCAAGAUCCAGGGAAAUACAACUUUACACCUCGUCUCUUUCACCUGAGCGCUGGCUCCGGAACAUUCAGAGGGGAGGAACUACAAAGCCCUGGCCGCUUGCCAGGUGUUGUCAUGGCAAUGCCUUUUGUCCAGGAGAGUCUGUACUCUGUGCCACAGCCGUCCAUUUUCUUACUGGACAACCGUCUGGAAGUGUACCUGUGGCAGGGGAUCCAGGCUGAGGACGAUAACUACUCCACCUCACCCUGUAGCUCCUGGGACAAUGAGAGGAGGUGUGCCAUGCAGACAGUGCUGCAGUACUGCAAAGAGAUGAACCCCAGACGUCCACCGCUGGCCUACCUCAUCCUGGACGGAGCAGAACCCCUCACCUUCACCAACGUGUUCCCUCGCUGGGAGAAGACACCCCAAGCUCACCCACAGGUGGAGACAGGCCGGGUCAAGCUGACCCUGGUGCAGGAUGCCCUGGCCCAGCUCACUAAGACCCAGUACCCCCUGGAUGAGUUGCUGCAGACCCCUUUACCUCAGGGCGUGGACCCCCUGUGUCUAGAGGUCUACCUCUCAGACCAAGACUUCCAGACUAUUCUGGAGAUGAAGAGAGAUGAGUAUGACUCGCUUCCAAGCUGGAAACAAGUCAACCUGAAGAAAAGCAAAGGACUUUACUAGCUAAAGUCACAACAGGAACAUGUACUUGUAUUAAUGUCCGCAUAGCUUAAAAGUUUUUUUGUUUUUGUAUUUUCUAUUUUUAAGAAAAUGUUACGUUGUCAAACGAUAACAUUCAUGUACAGUGUUUUCUUAGUAGUCGUUUUAUCUGUGUGUCUUAUUUAAGUAUGUUGUUUUAGGGCCUUAUUUUUUUUGUUCUCAGCAAAAUGCUCUCAGUUUCAGAGAGACAGGACUGCCUAUACCUUCAAACAGAAGGGUUAACUAUAAUCCCAAUCCAGAUUAACUGUGUUCUUUUUUUGUAUUCCUAAAAGAUGAAUGUGUGCGUGGCUUUCUUAAUGAGUAGCCUUUAGAGUUUUUGUUGUUGUUGAAGAACAGACAGCCCGCAAAUUUUCCUAUGAAACUUUAAUUUAUCUGUACAAAUCAAUGAAGGGAAUGAAUGAAAGUAAGAAAGAGAUAAGAGGAGGAAUAGAAGGACCUCGGUAGCAAACUGUGGAUGGGACGUGAAAACAGGACUGAAUAAAAAACAAUCAAUUCUAACAAACAAUGUAAACAAGGAGAAUAAAGGAGUAACCAAUGU